CUCCCAGUGUACUCAGUAUCUCUGUAACCGCUGACGAGUGAGGUGUUGCUCCGCUCGCUCUUCCCCAGUGCAUCUCUCUCCUCCACUUACCUCCUCCUCCACUCGUGACUGUACAGGUGGAGUGGAGACAACACCAGUUAAAUACAAAGACGAGGAGACGCGCUGAGAGAAACUGAAUAGCAAGUUUAGAGAAAAGUUUCAUUUCGCGCCGAGCUGAGAGAAAAAAAAAAAGUUAAGCUGAGAGAGAGAGAGGGAGAGAAAAAAAAGUCAUGAAUACCUUACCUGGAUUCGAGUUGGCUUUACCUUGAUUGGCCAAACCAGGUAAGCCAUGGGAAGAUAAAUAUUAAGUUACUGGAAGUGCAUUUUUUAGUGAACGGGAGAGAUAAGGAUUACUACGACUACUAUUACUACCACCACCACCACUACUACUACAACAACAACUAAUACCACCAUCUGAAGGCCACGUUGUAAGACAUGGCGGGUCAGUGUGAACGGUGACGGCGGCGGCGGCGGCGGCGGUGUAGUGAGCGGCAGGAGCAAUGGAGAGGCGGCGGUGGCGGUGGUGGGUGGCGGUGGCGGCUGUGGUGUUGGUGAGCGCCACGCCUGCACGAGGAGAUUGGGAGGACUGUCCGCUGGGAUGCAAGUGUACCUACGCCAGUAACAGGAAGUUGGCGGACUGCAGCCUGGCAAAAUUCACCACCAUUCCUUCACUACUCAGCACAGAGAUACAGGAAUUGAACCUUAAUGAUAACAGCAUCAUGUAUUUGGAGAAGGACGCGUUUAAGAAGGCUGGGCUAAUUAACCUGCAGAAGCUUUACCUGCGGAACAACCAAGUGCGGAGUCUCCACAAGGAUGCCUUCAGGGACCUCAAGAUUAUGAUUGAGCUUGACCUUAGUAACAACAAGAUCGACAAACUCCACCCUGAGACUUUUACUGGAUUGGAGAAGCUACGGUUUUUGGACCUGAGUUUGAACCUUCUGUCAAGACUCAAUGGGGUUCAGUUUCCUCCACUGCCACAUCUUCGGAGACUCAACUUCCGAGAGAACAGAUUGACUUACAUUCACAACUUCGCCUUCUCCAACCUCAAGAUUAUGGAGUCCCUCAGACUGUCAGGGAACCAGCUGGAGGUAAUUCAGCCGGAACUCUUCACCAAUAACACCAAUUUGAAAGAACUGGAGCUGCAUGACAACCUGUGGGAGUGUGACUGUCGUUUGAAGAAUUUGGUGCGCUGGGCCAAGAGGAAAUUACUUCUUCAGAAACAUGUGACCUGCCACUCCCCAGAACGCAUGUCUGGUCGCAAUCUGAGGGACGUGAGUGAGGAUGACCUGGCUUGCCGUCCUGAAGUUGAAGUCCCACAGGUCGACAUCCCCGCCGCACCAGGUCAGAACGCCACACUGACCUGCCUAGUCCGAGGUGACCCUUUGCCUAGAGUCCGCUGGGUUCACCAUGGUCGGGUCAUAGCAAAUUUAUCGGUUGGUAGAUUUUCUGGGCCAGAGCAGAUCUAUCUCAUUAAGGAGGAGGUUGGGUCAAUACCAGAAGAACGGGUCACUAGUUUAACAGUGACCCAGGUAACAGAGAAUGACCUGACCUUCUAUACAUGUGUGGCGGAGAAUAUAGCUGGAUUGGUGGAGAAAAAUGUGUCGCUAGUGCCUGCCUCUGUGACGUACCCUGGCGCUGUCACUCCUCCGGCCACCAUAGACCUGUACCUCAUCAUUGGGGUGACGGUUGGUGGUGCCGUGCUGCUCCUCCUUGUGUGUAUCUGUGUGUGCGUGUGUGUGCGGCGGCGGCGGCGGCGUGCACCGAAGCCUAAGGUGAAUGGGGCAGCCGGGGCGACACACACCCGCCAUGAAAAUGUGAUGAUUGUGAACCCCGUCGAGAAACCGCCUCGGAGAUAUGAGAAGGUACCCCAGACUGACCUUGAAAUGACUGGUCUGGGGGGCGGCGGCAGCGGCGGCGGUCACAGAAGCUACGAUGAGGUGGACUACCCCCCCGAGGCCGCCCCGCCAAACCUCCGCACACCCUUGGCCACCCUAGAGGAGGAGGAUGAUGACCCCCCAUCUCACAACACCACCAUGGAGGCUGUCCCAGGCCCCCCCGCCCCUUCAGACUACUGGAGCCACUACCCUGAUCUAGUGGAUAUGACUCGGCCACGUGCGACGUCACCCCCUGCCAUGCCCCACCUCCCCUACCGCUCCCCUAUAGGUCCUGGGGAGUGGCGGUACAGCUACGCCCAGCCCUCACACUACCCAAUGUCAACUGAUUACUACACCUCUGGCUACAUAUCCCCGCCAGGUGGCCCUCUCCCUCGCCCCGGAUAUGUCACCCUGCCCCGCCGCCAUCGUUCACCUUCCUGGGCUGGCCCCCCUUCAGCAGAGAUCACAGUUCCCCCUCCCGCCCCAGCCAGUGAGUGUGGGGAUGUGCGUCUGCCUUAUGACCCGAUAUACGACACACUCGGCCCUAGAACAACAGCUGACGGGACUUCAAGAACUGACCUGACUCGAGCUGCUCUCCGGGUCACUGAGGCUUUCUCCCGCCCAACGCACACCCCUCCUAACUCCCCACCUCACUCCCUCCCCCCAUACUAUGCCCCACUCUCCAGCCACCCUGCCUCCGCUCCACACGCACAGCCAAAAAGCCGCAUGCAUUCCUCCACUUUGCCUCGCUCCACGCCAAAUUUACUAGAGGGAAGUGGAUUGAGUGGUUUAAGCCUCCCUGCACAAGACUCCCCAACCACUUCCUCUCACCAAGCCUCUCCACUUUACACCAAGAAGUCCAGCCUCCACCAGUCACCCAACACCACCUCCACCUCCACCUCCUCCCCUUUCCGUACCUCCUCCCCCUUCCAAGUAAACGGAAAGAAUGCUCCAUCAACUGCUAACACCUCCACUGACUCUAUCCUUGACUCAUCCACCUCCUCUUCCAACAACAACAACAACAACAGCGUCAAUAAGAACAAUAACAACAACAAGGGGGGUGGAGGGAAGAAGGUGCCACCCAAGCCGCCUCCUAAGCCAGCUGGAAAGAGGCUCUCCACUUCCUCCAUUCCUGGGGACGUGAAAAAAGGUGAGAAUGGUAAAGUCUUCCAGGAUGAAGGGCCGGAUGGAACUGAGGUGUGAGAGAGAGAGAGAGAGAGAGAAAGAGAGAAAGAGAGAGGUUGUAGUUUGUGGUUUGAGAAAUGCAAGUUUGAGGUCUUAAAUGAGUGAAUAGACAUUUUGUAAGUGAAUAAAGUGAAAAAAAAAAAUCAUCUCCUAGACAGUGAAGUGAGUGAGAUGUGUUGAAAAGUAUACCCAUAAUGUGGCACAAGGAACACUGAACACUGUAAUGCAAGGAGAAGUGACAGAAAGAGAAAAGUGAGGCAUAGAAAGCAAAACAAGGACCAUAGUGACUAAACCGAGUGGUGAUGGCCAAACUGUGGUGUUGAGAGGUGAGGGAGAGACCUGUGUGUGUGUGUGUAUGUAUGUAUGUGUGUGUGUGUGUGUGUGCCUGGGUGAGGGUGUUGUUGAGGUGUUGAGGUGUGGUGAGAGACAGAGAGUGUUUAUGUACUACAGGGAAGUGGACUGUGUGUGUGUAUAGUGAAGUGAGUGGAGGUAGAUUCAGUGUCCAGCCAGCCACUCAUGGAACAGUGGGUGUGUUUGAUAGCAUGGCUUGUGGCAAAGACAUUGGAGCAGUGUGUGGCGUCUGUGUGGGCUGUUGAUGCUGUUUUAUUACUCUGCUAGAUAAAAAAAAAAGUAUAUAAUAUGUAUAUAAUAUACAUAUAUACACACAUACAAUGUAUUUUCAUAAUGCAAGUAGUUGGAAAUUUUGUAUGUUCAUAUUUAUUGAGGAGAGAAGGCUUGAGUGAGCAGCCAAGCAGGUGUGUUAGCAGGUUAGCAGGUUUAGCAGGUUCUGUUGUGUUUCCCUCCCAAGCGCUGCAUUCCUUUGUGCAGGCAGGACCAGGUGGCAGUGGUGGUGGUCAGGUAGGGUCAGGUCUUGCUGUCACUUGUUACUGAGAGAUACACUUAUCCAAUGACCUCACCUGCUGGCCACCCCACUGCUACACACAUGAAUAGUUUUAUGAUACAAGUGAAGGGGAUUUGAAGCCAUAACAAUAACAGGAAAUGACAUGCAAACAGUUUCCUGGCAGCCUUGAGGAGUCCAUUCCCUGAUUUCCUUUGUUUCCCCAUGACUGUGAUGCUUUGAGGACCUCCCUAUGUUGUCUCCCUUGUUUAGGCUGCAUGUGUCUGCUGCUACUGCUGCUGCACGUGUAUGGCCGUCCCUCAGGCAGAGUAGAGGUUCAGUAGUGUCCAGUGAGGCCAAGUGAGCUUAUUGUGGUGUGAGGAUGCAAGGCCGAGUGUCUGUCUGUGUGUCUGUCUGCCGCAAAUCGUCAAGUACAAAGUUGUUGCUAAUGGAAGGAAUAGAUGGAAAUUUUUUUGUAGGUAACCUGUCCUCCAUUUAUUACAAGUUUUCUUCGGCUGUUUAUUAUGACCAAGUGUUCUCCUGCGUCAAAUAUUUUCCUCUGUCUGCUUGUCUGUGUGGAUUUCAGCGCAGCAUUCUCCAACAUUUCAGGGUUCACAUUUCAACAACUUUUAACCUCUUCAGCACUGGGACACAUUUUUAUUGCAAGUUUUUGGAUAUGAUUACGCCAUUUUAUUUACAUUAGGAGCAAGUUAUCGGGGUUAGAAAAUUAAUGCACAGAGUCUUCACCAUUUUAAUUCACACAUAAGUUUCUGAAGCUGUGUGAAAUUGCCAAAUAGUAACCAGAAUGGAUAUGAAAAAUGUGUCAUGGUACUGAAGAGGUUAACAGGCUGUAGUAGAAGUCAUUGGGGUGUUCCAGGGCAUGAUUUGAGUGGUUUGAUGAUUCUAGCAACACCUGUACAAGAAUCCUGCAUCACCAGCCACCGAUGGGAAGGAAGCGUCUCUGAGGACCCAAUCAAUCUCUUCUGGUCCUUGGAGAGUCCUGCAGUGGUCCCGAGUGUUUCAGAGUGUGAGCCUCAGUGAAAAGUUGCAAUUUGACACUAAGAACUUGACUGCAUGCAUUUCCUUCAACCUUUCUGUUUUCCCUUCUCUCUAUUUCUUUCCUAUCUCUUCCUUUCAUUUCUCCUCUUUUUUUAUUUCCUAUUUCUCCUUUCCUCUCUUCUUUUUUUUUUUUUUUUCUUUUUCCUUCUUUCGGUUCUCAAAUGUGAGCUUCGGUGACAAGUAGCAGUUUGACAGUUGGAUUAUAAGUUGAGUUUUGUUUCAGUUUUCUGCCAAAGCACUGGAUGGAAAAUGUUCAGUUUACCAACAUCCUGUGUGACUGAUUUGUGUCUUCAACGCUAGACACUUCCUGGGAACUUGUUGGCUUUGUGGCUCCUCAGUUGUCAGUUGUGGUUUGUUUGCGUGGCUGUUUAUAAGUGAUGUGUAAAGUGUACAUAGGGUGAAGUCCAUCCUUUCCUGUGUUGGACGGAUUUGAGUUGCUGUUUCUCUUCAGUGAGUUGCCGGAAGUCAGGCGGUGCUCCUCAUCUUUAGUUACUAAGGUGUGUUUUAGGUUAAAAGCUUUCUUUUCUUUUUUAAGCAAGUUUUUUUUUAAUUUAUGUUAGCCUUACCAUAUUAUGUUUUCAGUGGUGUGAGAAUUUGUGCAAGACACUGUAUCCUUAUUUUCUAUGUAGCCAAAGCAAUCAUGUGACUUUUUUUUACCAUAGACUGGUCCCGGAAGACUGUCUUAACUUUUUACUUGUCUGUAAAUUUGUGAUGCUGGAAACUGUGGGCACAAAACUAUUGGUGGUGUGAAGACAGUGACAAGCCAGGCAGUGCUGACACCAAUCACUCACAAACUGUCACUGCUCCAAUUUGAACCAGUUUAGACUUUCAGAGAAUUUUCCCUCUUUAAGUUGUGUCGUUUUUUUUAAGUGAGUGAAGGUAGAUUCUUAGUGAAGCAAAAGUUCUUCACAUACCAAAGGACAAAAUCUCUCAAUGCAUCAAGUGAGAGAGUGUUCGUAAGCCACAGUCUGCCAGCACUGCACUCCAAGGACUGACUUGCUUGGUUUAAUGAGUCCCUGUCUGUUUCCUUAUUGUUUACCCAGACUGUCACUAUCCACUUUUAACGCUGGUUGCCACACUGCCUGGGCGCGGCAAGACGGAAGGUUCAGCUGGACAACACAGCAACACAACGCAUCCUCCACUUAGGACAGAGUAUAUUUUUGGCAAACCGUUUGUAGUGCCGGGAUUCGUGGAGGCAGAGGUUGGAUACUUACAUAUAGGAGUGGUGACUUCAUGUGCGUUCAGUUAAUUUUUUGUACCAAUAAGUGUCGUCGCUGCUGCCGCUGUGCUGCCGGGGAGACUUAAGAGACUCUAGUGCCAACUGUGGGGUGAUGGUGAGGCAGAGAACCUUCAUCCUACACCUGUCAAAUCUAUAUUAACGAAACUCACCUGGAAUGCGAUCCUGGCCCCGUCAAUUCCUGAUAUGUACAAUACUGUGUUGUCACUCCUUCCGUCUGUCUGUUCGUGUGUUGCUUUGGGUUCCGUGAGGCGCCUCCAGUGGGCAGAAUAACGUUAUAUGUUUGUACACGAAUGCAAUUGAGUUUCUUUGCAUGGUGUUAUGUAUUGGAGUUCUGAGUGCAAGUCUACUUAGGCCAACACACUUUACAUCUUUUUUUACAUUUCUAUAUGAGUUGAGAGCAAAGCCAAACGUGUCCUCUGGUUGCUGUGAUGUUGAAAAGAGAAGAAAUGCUCGUGUUUUUACUGAAUUUUUUUACCGUACUUGAGUUUUUCCCCUCCCUUCCAUUCCUACUUAUCCUGUUCCAUAAGGUUGAAGUGGCUCAGGGAAGUGUGUGGUGCCUGCUGUCCACAUUCCACCAAACUAUAACAUCGAAACUAAAUUACCGCGACAAUCAUAACAGUAUUUUGGAGAUGAAAAGUUUGAUUAGCACUAACACCAAGGAAUUUCAUCGGAUAUAAAUGAAGAACAAACUAGAUAACAAUGAUUUAUGGAGAGUAUAGAGACAAUGAUGAGUGGAUGGUAUAAGUCAGGCUCAUAUUAUAAAGUACUUCUGCUCUCCACCUUCACUAUUUUCAAAGGGCUGUAGUUGAAAUGACACAGGUUUUUAAGGAUGUUUCUGUAAUUCCAGUGACAUGUUAAGUUUUCUGCAUUACCAACAGGAAAAAUACUCUUUAGAAUUUGGUCAAUUAUCUUUGUGGUUUAUUUUCAAAGGGCUCUAGUUAAAGUGACACAGGUCUUUAAGGAGUUUUCUGCGUUGCCAAGACGAAAAAUGCUCUUUAGAACCCAGCUUAUCAUCUCUAUGGUUUAUUUUCAAAGGGCUCUAGUUGAAGUGACACAAGUUUUCAAGAAUGUUUAUGUGAUUCUAGUGACAUGUUAACAAGUUUUCUGCAUUAUGAACAGGAAAAAUACUCUUUGGAACUGGACUAAUCAUCUCUGUAGUCUUUGAAAAUGGUCACAGUGAGAGAGGGAAGCAUUUCUGAAUAUGGUCUGUGGUGGCAGGAGGGGGCCAGAGGGACCAGACACGUCCACUGCGCUGUGGAGACGAAAGCCAUUAUUGUUAAAACAUUCCUACUGAAACUGUCAUUACUAUAAGGCACAGAUUGAAGUAAUAAAAUGUAUAAAAUCAAA